AAACGAGAGGCCAGAAUUCAACCGCCCAACUUCUCAAAGGAGAGAAAGAAAAGAAAAAAAAUGGCGGUCCUCUCCUCCUUCCAAACAAACCCCUAUUCCUCCCACAUCUACACCGCCACCAGCAAGCCCAGCCCACCGUCUCUACUCUACACGCGCCGCCUCCACAGAACUCGCCGGAGCCGCCGCAAUGAUCAGAACGGCGGAUAUCUCGUCGUCAGAGCUUACAUGGAGGAAUCGAACUCGAUUUCCGGUUUCGUGAACAAAGUAAUCGGCUCGCUGCCGGUGGUGGGGCUAUUCGCCAGAAUUAUCAGCGACGAAGGCGGCGUCGGCGGAGAUAUUAUCGAUUUUGCAGAGUUUAGAAGGAGAGUUGGGAAUAAGUGCUCCGUUAAUGAUUCCAGAGCUUUGUUUGAGCUUCAAGAUCGACGUGGCAAGGCAGGUGACCCGCUGUAUGUGCUACUAUGUUGUUGGGUAGCUGCUGUUGGUGCCGGUCUCCUCAAAACCGAGGAGAUUUUGGAGGGAGUUUCGAGGCUUCGGAUUUCCGAUGAUAUUGAAUUUGAGGAGGAAACCUUCAUUGCAAUGAUGAAUGAAUCAAGAGAGAGGCGAUCGAAACUGAGAACUCCUCCCCCUCCAAUUCCGAUGGAGAUUCGAGCUGAGAAAGCUCUAGAAGCAAUCUACGUAUGUUGCUUCGGGAGGGAUCUUAUAGAACAAGAAGACGAGGAAUUACUAUGCAUCAUCCUAAGUUCCGUCUUCCCCACGGUGGGAAAGAAAGAGAUCGAAAGAAUGGUGAGAGAGAAAGCGACGAGACUAUCUGAAGGUACCGAUGAAAUCAAGAUUCAAGAGCCGAAGCCAUUGCCGAAAGAAGCUGUGCAGCUGCAGAUGAAAGAUCUGCAGUUUCUCAGGGAAGGAAGCGACACACUGUAAAAACAUCCAUCUUUUGUUCCGAUCAAAUGCAAUUGAGAUAAUCGAUUAACGUGGUAUGUUUUAGGCACUACGAACUAGAAUAUGAAGAACAGAAGAAAAGCCCGUGAAAUUUCCGAUUUCUUUUCCUGAGUUCAUAUUUGAUGUAUAAAAUGUCUGCGCAAAUAUGUUACAC